UAUGUUUGCCUUAAUAAACUCGAUUUCAAAAUAGACCCAGUUCCGAUUCUCUCACCAGGAGGAUUGGACGGGUGAGAUGAAGGAUUUGAUAGUAUUAUCGAUUUUAUGUACAACAAUACAAGCCAGUAAAGUCUGAAAUGUCGAUUUUAUUUGCAAAACUUUGCCAAGAUAAGCAAACUGUCUCAAAUUGAUGAAAUGCGGCUGGGGAAGCAAUAUGAAUAGAAAUCUUAAAUCCCAAAAACCUUACUAACAAUGGGAAACUUGUAUUUCGAUAUGUGUCAUGUCAUCCGUGGGAAAAUGAGACAUUCAUUACUCUAAAUUUUUUCCUCCUAUUAUUUAUGCGAGUCGUAUUUCUACAUAUUUUUCAGAGGUAGGAUUUCUUCAUGGAAUGAAAUCCCUCUAUUUACACGCUAUCCACUCUCCCCCAUCAACAUCAACCGUCUGUUAUGUUCCAGGAAGUACUUACACAUUGCAAAAUUUUUAUUGUCUCUCGGUCUCCCCUUCAAGGAAAAAGCAGUCACUUUAUUUCAAGACUAAAGUUCAUCUACAAUUUCGCAGUUAGAGUGUUUUUGCGAGUCAAUAAUAUGGUUGAUACGAAUGUGGCUGGAAAGCUGAUCCAAUUCUGAGAAAAGUCCGUAAAAUAAAUGCUUGACUAGAGAUGUGAUCUGCCCAACGUGCUUUCCAUUAGUUCCGCUCUUUUACGCCUAAAGAUAACCAGCUCGGUAUUCAACGACGUCAAACCAAAACCAUUAUUUCUUUUCAUCUAGUGCACAAUAAGUGAAGAAUUUCUGACAAAAUAUGUACUGGCUUAACUCCUUUAACUAAAUGGUAGUAUGACACUUCACGUACACAAAACCGUAAUAAUAGUCGUCUACAUAAUGAUAUUUGCAUUUGAAUGGGUAUCGCAUGAUGUCAAAAAAGUUGAGGGUUUUGUAUGUAUUCUUGUGACUCCAAGAAAAAAUAUUUAGUUAAAUGUGAUCCAGUUAUCACUUACAUGUAGCAAAAAAAACUUGUAAUUAUUUUGCGUUUUAUUUUACAGUUUUGUUUGCGUCAUAACUUUUUUUUGCUCUCUGGUUAUAUUAUUGUUGACAUAUUUUAUUGCUGGCAUUAAAAGUAAAAAUAUCCACGCACUCCCGGAUAAGCAUUUAUGAUACCUUCGUAUUACGUGUUUGCUUCUGCCCGUAUUUACAUAUAUACCUUCAUACAUAUCUGUAUCGUGUUGAAGAUGUCUUUUCCGAAAAAUGUGUGGAUUUUCUUUUUAUUUAUUCUGUGCAGAACUAACCAUACAUCAACUCCCUGGUUAGUUAGUCAUUAGUUUGGUUGGUUGGAAAAGUCUAGAGGAAAAAUUUGUCACUCUUUAUUACGGAAGGAAAGGAACUAAAGCCCCUUAUUCCGAUCGAUUUGUCCGUCCGUUAACGUUCGAACAAAUCACUUUUUCGUUCUGCUUUUGAAGAUUGACACCUAAUUUUAAAAGUAUGGUGGAUUUUGUUGAUUGACCUAGUAGCUAAAAGGUCAUAGCGCCACGAUGACGAGGUGAAAGGUCACAAAUGUGUAAUGUUUUGUUUUGAUGGUUUUAGACGUGAUUUAGGGUGGGGAUUUCAAAAAUCACUAUAAUUUAGGUACGAUGACCUCAUGACCUUGCAAAAAUAACAAAAAUGUCGAAUCGCCAAUAAUGUCUGCAGUACAUGAUGCAUAUCAAAAAUGUUGUAGCAUAAUCAACGCAGAAUUUUCAGCACAUCGCUUCCGCUACUUCAUUAUAUCUAUUGCUGGAGUGCAUCUUGUCUAGUAAAAAGUAUGGGUGUUGAAAAAUCAUGUCUCAAAAAAUCGUCUCUUGCUCGUUUCAUGUGGCUCUCAAAAUAACCUGCCGAUUGAGAUGAAUUUAUGAGUUUCAAACAUGAGUUUAGCCUUCAUAUUAACUUGAAUGAUGCUGCUGAUUUGAUUUCGGGCUUAAACAUGACACAUCAAUCAUGGACUUAUCAGGAAUUAAGAUAAGCUAUAUUUUUAUUUAUUUAUAAUUAUCUAAGUAGUUGCAACAAUCACGAAGGGUUCAAUGUGAAGGAGGUUUAUUUCGACGAAAAAAUUUGCAUAACCAUAGUUAAGCCAGACAAAAUUUUAUCUUGCAAUUUUAUUGAUGCUAAUUUAUUAGGCAAGUAGUGAUGAUGGAUGAUGAAUUACGAAUUCGAUCAGGAGGGAAUGGUAUUGUCAUAAAUUCCAGUAUUCGGAUUACGGGUGUGUUGUUAAUAGGUUUAGAAAUAAAAAGUUUGCAUGCAUUGAACUCAAUUGAAGCAAUUAUGGCCCAUUAUGCAAGACAAUUUUCCAUGGACGAAACUGACAAUCGUCCAAGUCCCCCACCAAGAUUUUACCAUUCUCGCACAAGUUCUGAAGACCGAUUUUCCAGCAUCAGUAGUUCAGGAUCUGAACGAGGAGAAAUUUAUCGGAGCGUUUCCCAAAGUAGUCACACUAAACGUAACUUCCUUCGGAAACGAAUCGUUGAACUGAAGGAACUCGAUUCUGGAUUGAAAGCUGGCUGCCGUGCAGUCUGUUUUUCAGAUAAUCCUCAAGUUGGUUCAGUCAAGUGGGUUGGAAAAAUUAAUCAGAUCGUUUACAUCGGGAUUGAAUUUGAUAACCCAAUAGGAACAAAUUUCCCCGAAACUAAAGGCGCACCUCCUUUCCCCUGCAGAGUACAACAUGGCAAACUCGUCUCCCCGGAAGACCUCCUCGUCGUCACGGACCCCUCAGGAAAAACCCUCCUCACGAAGGAAAACCCUCGCAAUUUCGACACCCCCCUUAUUUCAACCCCACUCAUAAUCCCAACGUCUCUCAUGGCGAAAGAGUUCUCCACAAAAUUGGAACAAUAUUACGAGUUUUGCUCUAAAGCGGAAGACACUCUGGACAAAUUGGGAGAACAAUUGGACCAAGUUUGCUCACGACGAGUGACAGUCGACCCCAUUUCAAUCACGGUCACUUUAGAGAGACAUAAAGCAUACUUGAAUCAAGUGGAGGACCAGUAUUCCUUAAUUGAUUUGUGUCACAGUAAAUCGGAAGAACUUUUCACCUACGCAGACAUCCUGCUCCCCUCGGACGAACGGAAGAUAAACCGUACCGUCCAAGAUUUGUCACAAAUGCAUAAAAACAUUGAGAGAAAGUUGAAACGAAGGAUACGCGACUUGGAGAAAGCAACAGAGAACUGUGGAGCGGUUCAGGACCUUUUGACCGAAAAAUUAGAAUGGUUAACGGAAGCCAAGGCACAACUGAGAUACAUAGAGAAUACUCUGAUUAAAACCGAGUCUCAGCUUGCCUCACGUCUCUCUCUUAUUGAAGACAUGCUGAACUCAUUCUUACCGACGGAGUCGGAUGAAAUUGUGGAGAUUUUAGAGAAAAUUUCGCAACUUCAUGAACUCACGGGUAACAGUCCGGAACUGGAUACUCACAACAAUGAGGAUCAACCCAACAAUAAGUUUGAUUCUCAACUUGGUCAAAUUAUCGGAAUGAGGAAUCAACUUUUGGAUGAAAUAGGAUCGAAAUACGGCCAGUACAAGGAGGCGCUGAAGCUAUUUAAGGAAUUUUCCAAAGUCGUGACCUCAUUUGAAGAGUGGUAUGCUCACUACUUGAGCAAAGUUUGUGACCUCAUGAAUAGUCAAGAAGAUGCCGUUGGCGGUGGCGGGGUAAUUAACUUGCUGCCGAUGGACAUUGUGAAGGAGAGGGAAGAGAAGAGGAGAGAGUUUUUAAGCAUUUUUAAAAUUGUGGGACAUCUUAGGGUCUCAAUUUUCGAUCCGGCAGUACUAGAUGACAGAUUGGAGAGUCUGCAAAUGAAGUGGAGACACUUAAUGGAUGUGUGCUAUCGGGACAGAUUCCGACAGUAAUUGCCAUAAUUAUGAAUACAUCUGGAUGUACUAUUUAUAUAUAGCUGAUUGACGUUAAUAAAUGAUAUAAUUAAUAAUUA